AGGUCUUGUAACUGGCACGGUUGCCCAACUUCUGCCCCCUGGCGGCCACUCUGAGGAGCAGCGCCCGAGGUCUCCUCGCCGCCGGGGGGUCCGCCCCGCCGCCCGCGGUCUGCCCGCAGUGCGCCGUCUCCUCGCGGGUUCGAAACAGUUGGGAGUUGGACCCACUCCAGCUUCAGCUCUGGGAGGCCUUCUGAACGGCCUGCCCUCCUGGGGCCAUGAAGAAGGCCGUUCUAAAAAGCAAAAAAGACAAACAAAUCGGCUUCAAUGUCAAGUCAUCUGUACACAACUUGAGCAAAACUCAGCAGACCAAACUCACUGUGGGGAACCUGGGCCUAGGUCUAAUCAUCAUCCAGAAUGGGCCCUACCUCCAGAUCACCCACCUCAUCAGAAAGGGGGCUGCGGCCAGGGAUGGAAAACUCAAGCCAGGUGAUGUUCUGAUUACUGUUGGCCAUGCCAACGUGUUAGGAUAUACUCUUCGAGAAUUUUUAAAACUUUUGCAACACAUCACCAUAGGAACAGUGCUACAAAUCAAGAUUUACCGAGAUUUUAUUGACAUACCCAAAGAAUGGCAAGAAAUUUAUGAUUUAAUCCCUGAGACCAAAUUCCCAGUAACAUGUCCAACAAAGAAAACAGAGCAAGGAAAAGACCCUUUGGCAAGCAGUGAUGACAACGAAGAUGUCGUUUCAGAUAAAAAACUUAAGUAUUGUAAAUAUCCACGGUCCACUGGGUCUCAGUCUGCAACGAGACCAAUGUCUAUCUCUAGAGAGUGGCAUGGAUAUAAAAAGAAGAACCGUACUAUUAGUGUAGGAAAAGACAUUAACUGUGACGUGAUGAUUCACAGAGAUCACAAGAAAGAAGUGAGAGCCCCUUCUCCAUACUGGACAAUGGUGAAGCACGACAAUGAAAGCUCCUCCUCCUCCACGGCCUCCUCGACCUCAGAUGCAUUUUGGCUGGAAGACUAUGCCCAAGUUGAAAAGUGCAAGGGUCAACCUGUACCAAAAGUUGCUUAGGCAGCAGUUUGCAAAAUGGUGAUCAAUAAGCAGCUAUCUUGAAAACACCCAAGUUUUGUGCAUUGCUAUGUACAAGUUUGCUAUACUUACAGGAAUAUGUGCAGACUUAACCAUCUUUCACAAGUACAUUGUAAUGCCUUCGGAGACCGUCUUCCAUGUGCUAUCCAAACACUUCCCUGGGGCUGGACAG